UCGGUCGUCAAAUGAACAACUAGAAUGUCUCAUAAAGGCUGGAUAGUUUAUCACAUUAAAUAUCCGGACUAUAGAAGUUGCAAUUUCGUUUGCUUUACAUUCCUUUAGUACAUUUGAAAAGACAUAGUUGACACCAAUAUCAUUAAGACAAUUGUAGGCUUACAGGUGCGUGAUCACUAUAAUGUGGAAGAUACUGGUUGUGUCAGUCCUAGUUGUGUUGUCAUUGAGACAAGAUACAGAAGCAAUAAUGAUAACUUGCCCAACCAAUGUUACAUCGAACAACUACGUUGGUUUUACAAGUGGAAUUAUUCAAGUUAGAACCGACCACGAAGCAAAUGUGGCCACUGUUACCUGGGACCCUCCCAUUGUAACUGAAAACGUUAGCCGUUUCAACGUGACGUCAUCGCCGUAUAAAUCAGGAGACGAAAUACCAAUUUCGACAAUUCAUGUAAUCACAUUUACAGCCACAGAGUCAUCAGGAGACACAGAUACUUGUAAUUUUGUGAUAUCUGUUAUCGAUAUUGAGGAUCCAAUUUGUACCAUCGACCCGCCAACGUAUAUAGGCUCUGCAGAGAUGGACGAACAGAAUUCUACAAUCAACUACGUCAUCACUGUUAGAGACAAUGUAUAA